UACCGAUUUGCAGUGCAGUCUUAAGUCUAAACCCUGCCUAAAUACUUAUCCUCCAUCGCCGCCGUGGAGCCUCCCUUACUCCACCGCCGAUCAGUCCACGGCCUCCCUAUAACCUCCGACCGGAUUCCGAGGUACAAAUCAUGCUAACGCUCAGAUGCGCCCGGCAGACGCGUGCCUUUCUCUUCUCUCCUUCGGCCUUCAAUGCCGCUGUGUCGCACCUCCUCAUCGCCUCCUCGUCCUCUUCCUCCUCCUACUGUUCGAUCCAACCCUACGCUCUCUCAACGACGGAUUUGAGUGGAUCUCAAUCGGAGAUACGCCGGAGUGAGAUUGUGAAUUGUUUUCGCGAAUGGUUCAUGACUCGGAAGAUUCCCCUAUUCGACCGUAUCUACGAAAUACUCCGCACACAAGAGGAGGCUUCGAUGGAUUCCUCCCUUUCCUCACUCAAUCUCUACCUCGACGAAUCCCUAGUCCUCGAUGUAUUGAGGUACGAUCCGAAAGACGUUCUUUCUUGCUUGAAAUUCUUCGAUUGGGCGGGCAGGCAGCCAGGGUUUCACCACACUAGAGCCUCUUUCGAUGCCAUGUUUCGGAUCCUAUCCAAGGCGAAGCUAAUGAGCUUAAUGUUAGAUUUUUUAGAAGUCUUUGUGAAGCAGAAUUACGCUCGUAAGAUCAGGUAUUACAACAUCUUAGUAAUUGGUUAUGCUAUAGCUGGAAAAUGUGAGACUGCACUUCUAAUGUUUGGUAGAAUGCGAUUCCUUGGUGUGGAUUUGGACAUGUUUUCAUAUCAUGUGCUUAUGAAUUCACUGGUUGAGCAUGGCUAUUUUGAUGUGGUGGAGAUGGUGGCAAAUGAAAUUCGAAACAGGGGGUUCCAGAAUGAUAUUACACAUUCGAUAAUGAUGAAGAGUUUUUGUAAACAGAAUAAGUUAGAGAGGGCGUCUGAGUAUUUGCACAAUCUUGCUCAGGAUGGAAAUGGACAAAUAAAUGGAAUUGCCGUGGGUACGUAUGUCGACGCCUUGUGUAAGCAAAAUCAGUUCGAGAGAGCUGGAAUGCUUAUCGAGGAGUUACGAAGUAAUGGUUUGGUGCCGACAGAGCAUGCCUACGGUGUAUGGAUUAGGCACCUUGUUGUUGCUGGGAAGCUCGAUGCAGCUCUUGAGUUUUUGAAGGAUAAGCAGGGGAUAGAAGGGUAUGUUCCCGAGGUCUUUCGUUAUAACAUGUUGAUUGGAAAGCUUUUGAGGCAGAAUAGGAUCGAGGAUGUGUUUGAUUUGUUGGCGGACAUGAAAGAAAGAGGAAUAGUACCAGAUAACGUUACUAUGAAUUCGAUAUUGUGCCUUUUAUGUAAGGUGGGAAAAAUGCACAUUGCUUUGGAGUUGUUUGACUCAAGAUCUGAGUUUGGCCUUUCUAUUAAUUAUAUGGCGUAUAAUUAUCUUAUAAAUAGUCUUGUUGGGGGUGUUCGUGUCGAUGAAGCUUAUAAUGUAAUGAGGAGUUCGAUUGAACAUGGUUAUAUACCUGGACCGAAGACACUCUUGAUUGUUGCCGAUGCUCUAUGCAGGGAAGGAAGGCUUGAUGAGAUGAAGGAUUUGGUUUCUUUUGUAAUAGAUCAGAAUAUCAUGCCCAAUAAGAUGGCGUAUGACAAGUUUGUGUUAGCUCUCUGUAAGGCGAGGAGAGUUGAAGAAGGGUACAUGAUCUACGACAUGCUUAAGCAGACAAAAAAGGAAUUUGGGCAGGGUACUCGCAACGAACUGGUAAAAGGAUCUAUUGAGUUAGGAAAAGGUGAUAUUGCUGUAAGAAUACUCGUAGACAUGAUAGAGAAUGGUUAUAUGCCAAAGCGCUUGCUGUUUAGAAAGACAUUAGCCUGCUUAUUGAGAAUGGAUAAUCCCGAGGAUAAAUUUCUGCAACUCCUUGAGAUGCUACUUGCUCGCCAACAGCUGACCCCCUCUGUCAUUUACAAUUUCUUCAUUGAUGGGGCUGGCUAUGCGGGUAAUCCUGAACUAGCCGGGCAUGUAUUUGAAAUGAUGAAAAGAAGUGGUGUGGAACCGGGAUUAAGAUCUCACAUUCUACUGUUUUUCAGUCAUCUAAACACUGGCCGAAUCAGCAGUGCUUUGCAUAUAUUCAGUGAGAUGUCCACUAAAUGGAAUAAUAAGAAAUUGUGGCGGGCUAUUGUUGUUGGUCUUUGUAGGAUCGGGAAACCUGACCACGCAUCACAGGUGAUGGAUUCUAUGAAGGCAAAACUGUUAAAACCAAGAGUCGAAUGCUACGAGGCACUUGUGAAGGCAUACUGUGAUAUAAAGCAUUAUGAAAAAGCUAUAGAGUAUGUCAAUGAAAUGACUCGAAUGGGCCGUCCGAUUUCUUCCUUUAUUGGGAAUGUUUUUCUGUUAAAUGCCUUGAAGAGCAGGGAAUUAUAUUAUACUUGGGCUUAUUUAAGUCGCAGAGAACACCUAACUCCGGCAUGUUGGAUGUUGGGUCACAUGGUUGGUGUAUUUUCCGGUGCUAUUAGAGGUGUUGACACAGAGGAGUUGGAACAAUUGAUUGGCGAAUGCUUCCUCAUAGACACUUACACCAUCAAUAUCCUGUUGAGAAGAAUGAGCAUGUAUGGAAUCGACAAUGCAUUAGAAUAUUACAAUAAAUCGCUUGAAAAAGGCUAUGAACCAAACAGAUGGACUUACGAUAUAAUUGUCCAUACUUUAGCCAAAGGAGGACGGUUUGAGGAGUGUAGAAAAUGGAGGGAUGAGAUGCUUAAGAAAGGGUUUGAGGUAACUGAAGCCACAAUAAGACUACUUUAAAUAAAUGAAAAGUCGAUGCUCCUAUGCUGGAAGCGUACAAAAAUAAUGCCCUGAGCUGCUCUGCCUUUCAAGUCUGGUGAAGUAAAAAUGGAGGUAAAAAGAAUCAGGAGACGGCAAAGUGAAAUAUUUAGUUACAUGGCAAAAAAUGUCUGUCUGUUGGAUGAAUAAUGACAGACUGGUUGGUUAAGCUUCAUGAUCUGAUGCUGAUAGUUCGAUUUGUGACCAAGGGGGCUAUAGAUCCUGCAAUGGCUCGAUUCUGUAUUCUAGGAUCGUGCAGAAAGAGAAUCUAUAGGGGAUUGAGGAACAUUCGAACUACAAAAAUACACAUGGGCCGUGGCUAUGGUUCCUCGUGCAUAGAUAUAUGAUUCCAGAACGCAAAAGGGUCCUGAUUCUUCAACAAUCUCUCGAAUGUGCAGGUGAUACCUAAAGGCUUGAUCGUUCUCGUUGUAUGUGAUUUUCUUCGCUCCAAGAAGCACUGUCUACACUCGAUUCAGCUUCAGCAGUCAGUCCUACACUAUGCAGCGCAAAAUGGUGGAAGUCGGAAUAGUGUUUUCAGCUUUGCGUUGGAAAAAUGAUCCUUGGAUUGGAAUUUCUUUUUUUCAACAUGGAAAUUUACAGCCGCUACUUGAAAGGACUGGAAUUUCUUUCUUUCAACGAUGGAAAUUUACAGCCGCUACUCUUCGAGUAUGUACUGAGUAAACUCUCACAAAUCGAAUGAAGUAGCCUGGAAACCAUGUCAGCCGAAAAAGUCACCCCAGGCAAGUAAGUUCUAUGUGACAAGUUUGGCCGAGAAAAUGCUAGUAGGAUUUGGUUAUGGUGCUAAAUCUGGUUCAAACCGAAUCCUCCUUCAGUUGCUUGGCUUCCAUUUUUGUCAGCUGUCGAACAAGAGACCAGCUAUUGGCCCAAGUCGAAAGACUGGCCGGGCUUAGCUUAGCUCAGCUUGGCUCAUUGGAGAGACUCAAGUUUCACAUUAAAAGUUUAUUUAAAAGAAGUAUAUCUAUAACUCAUGAGAAAGUAACAAGAAUAUUUUAGCACUAAAGUAGAGAUUAUUUUUAUUAUA